GAAUCUUACUCCUCUCAUGAAAGUCUCGCCGAACUAAGCUCAUCAAGACCAUUGUAAGAAUAUCAUGGCGGCCAAAUCUGAUCCUACGAAACCACUCCAGCCACUCGACCUGGUCUUCAGCUGCAACGUCUGCCAUGACUCAAUCCGUGAUAUUUGCAGCCCUCUACAGGACGAGAAAGGACUCGAUGGUACUCAAAAACCGGUCGCGAAGCUUUGGAUGACCGAAUGCGCCCACCUCAUAUGUGCAAAACACCUCGCAGGUGGAGCUCCUCCAUUUCAUCCCGCCGGGCAAGCACCACGCGCUGUAUGUCCGGUUUGUGUUGGCCGGCAAAACAACCAUGCACUCAAGCAGAUGUAUGCCAUCAGUGGCUUUACCAAAGGCGAAUACGAUCCCGACAUCCCUCACCACUUCUUCCAGUGUCCACCCGUCGCUCUUGAUACAAAAGAUGGUGGAAUGGAUGCUCUCCGGUUUCAAUUUCUUGGUCUAGUCACGUAUGGGAUUGCUAUCGCUACCAAGUUUCGUAGCCUGCAGACGGCACACUCUCGUCUCAAGGAUCAAACCGAGACGUUGAAGCUAGAAAAGACUGAGGCCGAAACAGAAGUUCAUGCCUUGACGGAGCGUAUUACGUUGAUGGAAGAAGCAGAAAGAAAGUACAAGGAAAAGCAACCUGAGAUCAAGCAUUAUCUCCAACAGUUCACUUUGGUAAAGAAAGAGCUGGAUCGCCGUAAUGAAGACUUGGCUGCGCUUGGUUACCCACCACCACCAAUCGAUUACACUUACCCCCCUUCGCGUCUAUACGAAGACGACACAUCAAACGAAGAACUAAGUGGUUAUAUGGAUAGGACGGCCCUUGAUCCAAUAAAUGUUGAAGAGAACAUUCCCAGUGUCUCAAGCAUCACUUUGAGAGGCGAUCCAUCCCGAAACUAUACCGACGACGAUUCACAAAGAGACGGAACUAAGCGACAGAGACUGUCACAGUAUCAUUACAAGCCGCAGAAGCCACAAAGUCCACACAAAGAUCAGGCAUUCCAAAGUCGGCCCGGAAUAAGACCCCCUCCUCCGUCUAAGAGCAAUCAUUUUCAACCGCCUCCCGCCUUACGUCAGAGCGAGAAUUGUCAAGAUAUUGCGGGAGAAAGAGGUGAAACACGUACAAGUCCUCUUGUGACGAACGUACAGCGUGAGGAUUGGGAUACAUGGGGCCGCGAUGAGGUCAAUGUCCAUCCUGGAUGGUCCAACAGGACACCUUACAUGAGUGGCGCUCUCCCAGACGACACUGGGUUCAGACCGUCUAGUCUACCGAAGAGAAAGAUCCAGCCAGUUGACAACAUCGAGGACAUCUCGAGG